UCAAAAAAGAAAGAAAACUGAUCGUUGCAUUUAUCGGAGAAACGCUAAAAAAUCUUGAAAAAUAACAAUUUUUCUAUGGAUUUAGUUUAAUAUAACAUCUAGUACUUAUUAAUUUUAAUUAUGUUUUGGAGCGGUAACUAUAUCGUAGUAAGGGAGUUAAAUUUUCUUCUCAAGGAAGAGAAUGUGACUUUGAGUCAAGUUUUGGAGGCGGAUGACAUCCUGCAGGAAUGCAAGGCGGAUAAUAAAAAUCUCAUGCAAUUCCUGACCCGUCCAGACAUCCUCGCGGAGCUGAUCACACUGAUCACAGAGGAGCCGCCGCAGAAUGUUGAGCUCACCGCUCAGUACAGACUAGCUAACAUUGCAUGCGAGGUGCUCACAAGUGACCUCUCCACACUGAGCGACAAGCUGUCGAUGGACGUAACACAGAUGAACCGGCUCUGCGACUUCAUCUCCAAGCCGCCACCGCUCAACCCGCUGCUGGCCUCCUACUUCAGCAAGACUGUCGAGAUGCUGCUCGAGCGAAGCACCAAACAGGACUGGUACCUGUACCACAUCGUGUGCCUGCGCGUGCUGGACUUCUUCAAGUCGCGGCGCGACUUCCUGCCCAACCUGCUGCGGCACAUGGCCACCUCCGCCAUCGCCGACACCUUCAAGUACCUGAUCAGACUCGACGACCUCUUUAACAAGAUCGUCAUGGAGUGGUUCGAGGAGCACCAGUUGCUGGAGAGCCUCAUCCAGGUGGUGUGCGGCGCCUACCUGCCCGAGGACGGCGACCACAACCACACGCAGCACACAGAAAAUGAAACAGAGGAGACAUCGGCGCGGCUGCAGGCGGCGGCGUCGGCCAACGCGGCCGCGCUGCUGUGUGACGUCAUCGCUUGCGGCGACGCGCGCACGCGCACGCAGGAGACGCUCGUGAGCCGGCUGCAGAGUGAGCCGGCGGUGCGGCAGCUGCUGCAGGCCAUGUUCACGUCGCGGCCGCGCGCGCGCGCCUUCGCUGUGCGCAGCGGCGCGCGGCUGCUGCUGGCGCUGCUGCACCAGGACCCGAUCCUACCAAGCACAGACGAGGUGGAGGUGGAGCGAUCGUCAGUGGAACUGGCUAUUGCUCCACACCUGCCUCUGCUGCAUCAGGCGCUGCUGCAGGACCCUCGGGGCACCCGCGCGGGCGUGGGCUGGGCGCGGCUGCAGCUGGCGGCGCUCGUGGCGCAGCUGGCGCGCGCUGAGGGCGAGGAGGUCUGCAACGCGCUGCGCGCACUCGGCACUCCGGGCGUGCUCAUAGACAUGAUGUUCCAGUACCCGCACAACAACUUCCUGCACGGCUCAGUGUACACUAUGGUCAAGCACGCGCUGCAGAACAGGAUAUACCGCACGCAGUACGCCAAACAUUUGUUGUUGGAGUGCGACCUGCUGACGCGGCUGAUGGAUGUCUACGAGGAAAACGAGAGCAAAAAGAAUCCGCGCGCCGCGUACAUGGGCCACGUGACGCUGAUGCUGGAGCAGGUCGGGCGCGCGCUGGAGCUGGCGCCGCCGCCGCCGCCGGCGCUGCAGCGCUGGCGCGCGCUGGCCGGCGCGCUGCUGCAGCGCGUGCAGCAGAUGGCCGCGCCGCUGGGUGGUUUCUAUCCGUCAGAGAACAUAUACGAGGUAGACAAUAUGGCCGACAAUACUAACUAUAUCGCUCCAGAGUACGAAAUGGAGGACCGCAGCUUCAGCCUGCCGCAGCGCGUGGAGGAGCUGGCGGACGCUGCGGACGGGCUCAGCGAGCUCCACAUGCUGGGCGCGGGCACGGACCCGGUGGAAGAUGACGAUGAAAGUUCCAACUGGCCCGCAAUUCAAUAUGUGCAGAGGUCGGUGAGCGCGUUCUGGGAGAGCGGCGACCGCCAGCGCCGGCGCUACGAUCACGACGCGUGGGAGGACGGGCCGGCGGGCGACGCAGCCGCGGAGCACGAGGAUGAAAACCAGUCUGAAGAUAACACAUGGUUGCCGUGGGAGCAGGCGGGGGCGGAGGCGGGGGCGGAGGCGGAGGCGGGCGCGGAGGAGGCGCCGUGGGCGCAGUUUGAAGCGUUGGCGGCUGCGACGCCCGUCGACCCCUUCGCCGACACUCACCAACAAGCACCGGAGCCCUCGAGCGCGGCGCUGGCGGAGCAGCAGCGGCCGGCGCUGUGGCCGCCGGCCGCUGACGACGAUGAUGACGCGACGAGCUCACGCCUGGCCGGGGAUCUGCUGCGCGCGCUGCAGCUCGCCGCGCUGCUGUCCUCCGCGCAGCCGCAGGACCACCAUCUUGUUGGAACUAACAUGGGGACAGACGAGAAUGUCGCUAUCGCUGGACAAAAUAUUGAAACCAAUAUUGCGACAAAUCUCGAAGAAAAUAUUGGACCAAAUUCUGAAGCGACGAGUCCCAAAGCAGAUGCCCCGCCCGCGGCCGCCAGGGAGACUGUCGGUGCAGAACCCAACACAAUAACGGGCGAUAAUAGUUCGUGUAGCGCGGACAAUACUGAGAGCGGAGCCACCGCGGAUAGAGAAUCCAGCGCGAAUUCCGGAUCUGGCGCGGGUAGCGGAUCCAGCGCGGAUUGCGAAUCCAGCGCGAAUUGCGGAUCUGGCGCGGGUAGCGGAUCCAGCGCGGAUUGCGAAUCCAGCGCGAAUUGCGGAUCUGGCGCGGGCAGCGGAUCCAGCGCGGAUUGUGAAUCCAGCGCGAAUUGCAGAUCCAGCGCGGAUUGCGGAUCCAGCGCGGAUUGCGGAUCCAGCGCGGAUUGCGGAUCCAGCGCGGAUUGCGGAUCCAGCGACAGCUGAUGGGCGCGGUUCCCGCCCUGGCUGGCCUAGACAAACUACAUUGUUCUAUUGCCAUAUCGGAUUCACACUACUACCACACAUUUUCAUCAUAUUUAUAUUUAGGAAACAACCUUACAUCCUAUUUCCCACCGGGGUAGACAGAGACUAAUGUCUCUGUAUCCUUGAAAAUAUAACACCAAAUUUAUGAUUGUGUUAUACGCGUUAUUUAAUUCGUUGGCUGUUGUGAAUGUACUAAUUACUGUAUUUCAUGACAUUACAAAAUAAAUACACAACACAUAUUUUAAAAUCGUUCUGAUUUCGAUAAAAUUUUUAGAAUUGAAAGUUGGGAAAAGUUUUCAGAAUAAUCGAUCGAAUCUACCCCUAAAAUAUUUGUAUUUCAUUAGCAAUCACUACAAAUUAAUUAUGAAUAUAAAGUACCGAUUUUUAUGUCAUUUUAUUAUAAAAUUUUAUCAUCGAGCUUAGUGCAAUUUUAUGACUAACUUUGUAAUCAAAAUUACCUCUAAAUAUACUAUAUGUAACCAAUUUUGUAGCAGACUUUGAUACUGUAUAUGAAAAAAUAAAAAUCAUUCAAUAUAUCGCUCAGACAGCAUAUAAUUGCAUGCCUAGUUAUAUUGGCAACUGUGUUAUUACAACUGUGAUUUUUUAAAUGAAUUGUUGAAAUUAUAUUGUGUUAUCACGUCGCUUGUGAGACGGUAUGUGCCCCCUUACUACUGUACUAUUUUAUGGUCUAUCAAAUCAAACACAGAAACAAAUCCUAUUUCAACAAAUGAGUAAUUGUGAGCGAGCGUUAUUCGGUAUAUCAACUACUAGCCGCCCGUCCCGCCUUCGCUCGGGUAAUCAUAAGAAAUCACACACAAUAAGCGUCUUCAUUAUUCACAAAAAAAUAUAUUAAAAAACCCGCCUCAAGAUCCAUUGCGUAGUUUGAAACAUCUACGCAUGCGUAGACGCGGGCGGGCGCAGACACAGUGAAGCAACUUUGUUUCAUGUAAUACGUUUUUGUUGUUUCCUGCUGGUAGAAAGUGGCUGUGUGUUUCAUUCCAUAUAAAUACACCUCAGCUCAGGAACACGUUUUUUGCCAAUCUUUCCCUUGUUGAUAAACAAAAAUAAUUCAUUCGAUAAUACCCAGUAACGCUUGUAAUAUAAACUUUAAGGGCGACCUUUACAGAUGUACUUUAAUUGUCAUAUAUAGUUGCAUAUAUAACCAAUGUUUGCCAAUGAAAAGUAAGUCUACAUAGGACGCACUAAAGCUCUUUUUUCAACGAACAUUAUUUCUCCGGGCGGGAGCUGUACCUCAUAAGUCGGCUACGACUUUUACAACCCAAAAUCUAAGACUAUGUUAUACAACUUUAUUGUACAAAUGAAGUAUUUUAUCUGUUAACUUCGUCGAGCUUCACAUAAUAUGUUCAGCUGUUUAUAUUAAUAGCCGUCAACGCCGUUUUUGCUUCGUAUUCCAUACGCAGUUGGUGGCGAUUGCAGACGAAUAGAUUGUUAUCGAUGAUAACCUUGAAAAUAUCGAUUAAAAAAUAAAUGCCUAUAUAAAAUAUAGUGAUAUCAUAGCAGCAGCUUAUUCUUAUCUAAUAAAUGGUCUUUAUGUAACAUUUGUUGUAUACGGCAUAAUAUUUUCGAUUGUUUAUCAAGAAUGUCGAUAGUGUUAUUAAAAAAAACUUGUAUCACUUUACAAUAACUAAUUUGCGUUUUGAUAAAAAGAAAUUGUUGAAUUGUUUUUUAAGCCAAGUACCGAUAGUUGUCUAUUAAAGGUUAACAAUUUCACAAUUGCUGCGUAUAGAACUCGAAGUCCACUGUAUUGAGUGCAAUAUAUUCGUAUAUAUGCCAGUUGACUGUCCCCUUGGCUAAGAGUAAAAUCUUGACGUUAGCCGUUAGGGUUGUCAACAUAAUUAACGGCGCCACAAAUAUAUCUCCCCUCGUGGAUGUACUACCAGAUCAUUUUAAUCGUGACAUACCUUACCUUUUGACUUAAUAAUUCUAACUUAUCCUUUUAAAAUAUGUUUUGUAAUAAAAUAUUUUAGUUCUAGUAUAUUCCGUUGGGUCCGAAAUGUUGUGGCGCUAAAGUCUUUUUUAUUAGAUAAAUUUAAUUGUACUGUGAUGUUCAAGAGCAACGCACGUGUGAUCGUAUUGUAUUGCCCGUCGGGAAUACGUGAGGUUCCAGGCCACUGCACAUUUUACUCUGUUAUUUGCGUUGAAAUGUUUAUUCAUGGUGUAACCUCACAUAUUUCUGGUCGUUAUACGUAAAUCUAGCUUAGAGUCGCGGGCUGCGUUAUUUUUAAAGGAACAAGUAAUCAUAAAAUAGUAUAAGCAAGAUUAUAUAGUACUUUGUUAAAAUUUGAAUACAAAGAUUUAUGUAAAUCGACAAUGGUUUUCUUCUAUUCCAAUCAUAUUUGAUAUUAUUUCCUAAUUAACGUUUUAUAUUCAAAUUUUAUUAAAAUACUUAGAUUAAAUAUGUAUUAUAUUUCGAAGACCCGCGACUCGAUUUUAAAUUGUCUUAAUCUUGUAAAUAACAAUAGGAGAGGAAGAACGCGCCAAAAGUGUAAAUUACAGUAAUAUUCGCUUUUAUAGGUUUUGUGGACGUCAUCGCGGGUUACAAUAGCUGAUGAUUCGUAGUAUCUUCCUUGAAUUUUACUUUCUCGAUACUGUCAUGCUAUCUCACUCACGACGGUUUUGUCCACUGAAACCUUACACUUAUUUAGUGAAGUGACGAGUGAGAAGGCGAUAUUGCGAGGCAUCAUACAACUUAACCUUUAGCUCGCGAUGACUCAUCAUAACUAAGCAACAAAUGCUUCAUUUUGUGUUGAGAAUCAUAAUUAAUAUUAACACAAAAUGAAGUUUGGAACACCAAAGUCGGUCAAGAAAUUGAAGAAAACUGAUUUUUAACGACCUAAAUUUGUUUUGAACUUGCAAUGUGAAAUAGAAUGGUCAAGAUUGGUCGAUAAUCGCCCAGUGUUUAUUUUUAUCACUUUCUUGACAGACUGUACCUUAUAAUAUGGCUAAUAUGGCGUUAUUUCCGAAAUAUCGAAGGAAAUGGCGUCUUAUCUGAAUGAUGGCGGUCCGUCGGUGAUAUUAUUUGUUUGUAGCCCGGCUUGUAGCCGAAGUGCCUUCUGUUAUAGCGAUGCUGCGUUCACAAAUGAUCGGUUGUGUGUCUCGGUCGCCGGACUCGUUUGCUGUAUCAAUUCUUUUUUGUAGCUGCUUUACAAGGUCGUUACAAUAUUAUUUUUUUGUUAGUUACGCAAAUAUCUGAAGUGCAUUUUAGACUCUUGUCUUGUCUUUCAUAUCGAGUGUUAUUGCUAACACUGGUGUUAAAUUUAAUUCCAUUCGCCUUAAGGCAUCUGUCAUGACUUGUGAUUAUUUAAUUAUACCAUCAGCGUUUGCUUACCAUUAUUUCAUUCAUUUCUCAUUCAAUUCACUUCAUUGGUUUCAAUCAUUCCCUCAUUCCCCUGCACUAGCACAAUUGAUACAGCAAGCUAUAGUCCAAUUAGAUUAAUUUUAGAGUAUGAUACCCAUAUCGUAUGUAUUCAUGGAACGUGUUCAAUUCAUUCAUUCAAUUGUGGUUUUGUCUGUAACGUUGAGGUUUGCGUACAUGGUCUCAAUAUCAUCUCAUAUCGAGUAGUACCUAUAUCAGUACACAUAUCGAUUUAAACCAAUCGCCUCUUCUGUAGUCACAGGUUUAACUUCCACUUAUGUGUUUUAUUAUUUUUGUGUAAUAUGUUAAAAAAUUUACAUAUAGAUAUACAAGUCAACUAUAUGUUUAGUUUGCGGUAACGUUGUAACUGAAUGUAGUCAUAUCGACAUUUACCUCCGUUUAUAAAUGUUGCCAACGGGAAAAUGGUAAAUUUAAAACAUAGCCGUACUUUUAUUUGAAUUUGAUUAAUUUAAUUGUAAUGGUACUAAAUGUUGAAAGGAUUUCUGUUCGCUUGUUUUUCUUGAAUUUGUUAUUCAAAUUAAUUAAUUUUGUGAACAAACGUAACAUAUAUAAUAUUAUGAAGACGUACGCUAUGUGUCGCCAUUAGGCAAUCAAUUUAAUGUUUAUCAGUAUUAUAUACAUUCUCAGUUGUACUGAAGAAAAUAUAAUUUUCUACAUUUCCAACAUAUUGUAAAAACAUUUUGUCCUAAACAUAUUGUAUUCAUAUCGUAGUGCUUGUGAGACAUGUACUAACGCCUCGUCAAAUCCUCGUUUAUAUUUUAGCUGGAUUCCCUAAUGUGUUAUGGUAUCUUAUGCCGGCUCCACAAUAUCGGCAAACUCGGCGGUUUCAACGUACAUUGCUGUUUUUCCUUGCGAUAUUAAAACCUCACAAACAAACUAUAUGCAACGUACGUUCACUGGCGGCGGCAGCUCUCGGAGUUCGUUGACAGUGAGGAGCCGGCGUUGGGGCGUCCGCUGUGUGAUGUGUUGUCGUAUAGAUAAGGUAUUCAGUCACCCUACGUGCGCAAGAGAUGAGUGUAAGGUCCAUUUCUGUCGCGCUUUAUUUUGAUUCGGUCACUACUUGCUUCGACUUCGUCACGCAGCGGAUGUCAGAUUUGUUUUUGGCCGCGCUUAAUAUAGAUUUAGUCAUUUCCAUGACUAAAUCAUGAUGCGGCUUGGAAAUUUGAAACGUGGAACCGGGAGGGGGAUUAUACUUAACGUUGUUGCUUGUUUGUGUUUGGAUUGUGAUGUGAGAUGAUGACUCCGCGGCUGAUCAUACCCGCCGCGACGAUAUUUAUUCUGCAAUCAAUUCUUUAUAACACAUAAGUCGAAUAUUUUGCUAGUUCACUGUAACAGGUUUUCUUUUGCCGCCAUUUUCCGUUGAGUGUCGAUUGGAACGUUAAGAGAUAUAAAAAAAUGGAUGGAAUUUACGUACUUUGACGUAUCCAAGAAAACGUAAAGAAUGGAAUAGUUUGGUAUGAUGUAGUCGCGGUGUCAACCGAAAGGUGCUACUUGUAAUGUGUGUUUCGAUGUGUGAUUGGCGUGUGUGUGGAAACCUUUAUUUCCCUAUAGAAUCGAGGGCUGGUUCCUUGCGGAGGGAUAUUCUAAAAUUAUUGCAAAUUUUAAGGCUUAAAGUCAUUUUCCUUAAGGCACGUCUCGUGUAGAAGUAACAAAAUCUUGUAUCUUGUGAAAAACGUAAUUACAACAGUAGAUAGUGGCGAAAUCGCAGCGAUUCCGUUUUUAGGAAGACGUUGACUACGCUGAUCAUUGGCGACCGCUGCGUGACGCGUAUUCAGUCUCACAUAGUGCGACAGAAAUGAGAAUCUCCCUCUUGCUCGCGUAACAUGUUACGAUGAAUGAGAUGGGCGAAUACGCGUAACGCAGCGGACGUCCUAUAUAUUAUUACUAAACCGCAAUAGCAACGUUAUCGAUGAGUGUCUUCCUAAAAUUGUGGUAUUAUACUUGUUAGUAUUACGUGUGUAAGUGUAACACUAGUGCAAUUAUUCGUUUUCGUCUGUUGUGCUCCAAGGAUGUGUAAAUAUAAAUUUUAAUAAACCGCCCAUUAGCAAAAGUGGACUAAGGUUAAGCUUCUGUUGAAAUAAUUUGAAUGAAAAUGCGUGAUUUACAGUCGGUUGAAAUAUAUUUUACCAAAAAGUUUUAUAGCUUUAAUAUGUUCAUUUUGGGAAGUUCGUGUAUUUUCAUUCAUACAUAAAAUUGUGGUAAUAAAAGCUUAUAAGUAGUCCGGUUUGCUGAUGGUUCCAUGUGUAUGUACAACCAGCGUUUCCUAUAACCGUACAAGUUCGUACCAAAUAGUCGUGUACAUAUUUACUCACUUUUUAAUUAGGCAAGUGUGUAGCGAAAUAUUAUACCUAUCAGUGGACGAGCGCCUCGACAAAUUAAGCGCAUAAUGAUGAGACACGCGAAAUGUCAGAUUGUCAAUUUUUACUUUUUAAUAUUACGAAAUAUUCCCUUUUAACUAAAAAAAAAAAUGUUAAUUAAAAAAUCUUUAUCGUAUUUCUUACGCAUGUCUUGUUUCUACCAUGGCAUUUUGUGUGUUUAUGCGUGCAGAGUUGUCAGCGCGUGACGUGUUUUGUGACAUCUCACAUUCACUACAACCGUCCUGAUUUUCAUCUUUAGAAGAUUCUUCAGCCCUUCUAGAGAAACGUACAACAUUCAAACGUAACUGAAAAUAUUAAUUCAGUGUAUAUUGGUAAUUAACCACGUAUAGAUUGGUCUCAAGAUGGUUAUAUAACUUUCCCUAGACACGCGUGCGCAAGAGAUUGUAGAGUUGUUCAUCUCUGUCGCACAUACGUGUUCCUGCGACGUGUAGAAUGUGUUCAUCUUUUGUUUCUUAUGAAAUAAAUUGGUUAUUAAAUUUUCAAAUUAAUUAAUUUUUAAAAUUAUACUUUUUCUUUAUUGCUACCUUUUAGCCAAUUUGAUGAGAUUGGUUGAACGUGAAUUUGAGACUUUACUGUUGAUUAACGUAUUUUGUUUACAAUACUAAGUUGGACGUUUCACUAAGAGGGUAUGUAUGUAGUCUCAGUGAUCUCCCCCCAUUGUCUUCAGUUUACGCUCACUGUCUGUUUGUUUCAUUCAUUUUAUUAAUAUAUUUUUUUGUAAAAAUAUAGAUUGUUUGAUCGCACUGUAACAGUACUGCUGAUAAAUUUGAAGAGGUAUACAGAUACAAAGUUCUAAUUAUUUAGGAGACGCAUAAAAUGCUAUACCGUAUCAUAUAUAUAUACUGCGCUUAUGUGCAAUACCAGUUAUUUUAAAUAACAAUUAUGUAAUAAUUAUGUAAUAUAUACUUUUUGUUUGGAAGAGAAACACGAGGAAUCCUGAUAAUAAUAAACUAUUGGGAUAUAGUCUGUAUGCCCAUUUACAUUUGUCGACAGUACUAAUAAAUUAUAACAUUUUAUAUCGGUGGUAGAUUCUAAGUGUGCGGCUUACUCGUGAUGGUGAUUGCUUUGUGUUCUACCUCGUACAGUGAAGCUGCCAGUCCAGUGCCACUUUAAGCUUUACGCUUUGGCUUGUAAAGAUCAAAUUAGUAUUGGACUCUGCCAUUCGUACAUUCGGCUACAGAUCAAGCGUGAUUUUUAUUAGCACUGUUGAAACCCUCAAAUUAAAUUUCUAUGUUUGUGUUCAAUAAUUUUACUAUUUUACAUUGGGUGAAAGUGCUAACAUUGUUGCGCUAGUUGUGCGGCCCACUGUACAACGAGGUUCUUAGUUAGACUUAUGAUAAUAUGGACAUUGUGUUAGACGAUAAAUUAUGUUAAUGUUUUCUCGUUGAAGUUACGAGGUACACUGAGAAACGUGAAGAUUGUACAAGGCAAGCAGGCUUGAAACUGCGCUCGUCGUCUCUGUCUCGAGCGUUAAGAGUGAAAGAGACGGAGAAUCCAGUCUGAUCACAUUACUCAAAUUGACAUUUCAUAGUUAAUGUUAAAUAUAAAAAUUGGGCCUGAACUUUUUACUACUUUUAAACUGAUUGGCUUUGUAUCUUCUGGUGUCUCUUGACAACGCUCGAGUCAUCCAAAAUGAAUUGAAGAUAGUUUAUGUGGCGAGUCAUUGCUGCGAAGUGGAUACAGAGAAGGAUCUGAAUUCGUUCGUUAAUCAUUGAAAUAACAUUGUCAAAGUUAAAAAAUUUACAACAGGUCUAUACGUGACGUUACUUUGCACCUUUGAAUGAUGCCAAAUUGUAUAAUCGGGACGUCGGGUAACUGAUGUAGAUUCCGUUGGUAUGUGUUCAGUGUUCACCUCAUGUGGGCUAACGAGAACUGUGCCUUCCGGGCGGGCCCGCGCGCGGUGACGUGUAUGCAAUGCAUGUGAUCGGGCAUAGGGAAGCAAUUACGGUUUUCUCGACAAGAUGUCUGGGGCUUGAUUCUAACGCAGUCGAAGUUCAUUUCAUCUAAUUUAGAGAAAAUAGAUUUUAUUUUAAUAAAAUUUACCAUAUUUACCAUUCAUACAUUUUUUCGAUUGUGAUUUCCUUUGAAGAUACAUUUAAAAAUUGGUGGAAUGAAGUUUUGAUUAGGUGAAAAUCGGGUUCCAGCGUAGGCGUGACGUAGUACUUUCAUUUGUAUGCUACAGUCAACAGCACAUUGAUUGAUUAGCUAACGCUGCUGUCUAUGCAUUUGUCUUUCGGAAUACCCUCAUUAUUUUGCGACGGCAUGUUAAACACACCGCGCCUCACACCAGGCAAGAUGACGUCAAUUGAAACUGACCUUUAAAGCGCCCUCUAUAGCCUCACUUUAGACUGACGAGAGCUGACAGCGAACAGUCCGAUAAUUUGUUGUCAAGUAAUAAACGUCAUCUUACUAGGUAGGAGCGGUGCGUUGGCCGUUUCGUUUUAACGGUGACCUCCGCGUUACACUUGUUACGAUGUAUAUUCAGCCCGUCUCGGUCGCACACCUCGCGUGUGACAGAAAUAGAAGAUUUGUCUGUCUCUUUCGCAACUAAGGUGUGACGAGGACGGGCUGAUAAGCGACGCGUCACGCAGUUUUAAUUUGCUAUUAAUAUUUGGAUACGGUCACCGCACGCCCGCGCCCGAGACAUAAUAAAUGCUCGUAAUGUAUUCUAUUGUAUUUAUAUUAUAUCAUAGUUAAAAUUUUAUUAAAAAAAGUUGCUCAA